AUGAAAUGGCUCAGGCGGACGUGGGAAAGCGAAGGCUGGUCUUCACGAGCGUACGAAUUGGAUCUCGAGAAGAACAUCGAGCUGGACGUGGUCAAUUUCGACGACUUUAGUGAAAACAACCUAGCUAUCAAGAAUGACGUCUACAACCACGGCGACUCUAUAUCAGCAGUUCAUCAUCGAGUCUCUUAUAAGCAUGGCAGAUUGCCCACAUUACGGGCAGCCCGCCAGCUACAACGGGCGUCGGGGAGCUCUAGGUUCGAAUUCGAUCGGGUCUUCGAGGCUUUUGAGCGUGCACGUUUCUCAAAGUUCAGCUUCAAUUUUGAACAUCACACCGACUUCAAAACAUUCUCGGAUGUCGUUGGUGCUGCGGAGGCGAAGCAAUCCUUCCGCUUUCAAGUUCAUCCCUUUGAGCCGACAUGGAGCAUCGUUCAGCACAAGACGCGGCCCCAAUGUCGAAGGAAAUGGAUCGGUGCUUUUGCCUGGCUUCCCCUUAUGCAUAAAUUUCGCUCGAUCCUCCUACAUAAUUCGCCAGUCACUCAUCAACACAGUCUUCACAACCUGCAGACGGCGCCCAAGGCAAGUCAGCCUCUUGCUGUGACAGAUCCUCCCCAACUCAAUCGCUUGAUCAAAGCGCUUCUGUACGAGCACAUCGUCCUCCACCCCAACGACUACCCGGUUCAAACUCCUUUUGAAAAUGGUCAUGAGGUUCGACGCUCGAACAUCGCGCGACUCUCUGCCACAUUGGCCGCCAAAUCCGAUCUUCGCUCCGUGAUCCGCACCUUCGAGAUGGGCCUAGAUUUUGUCGGCAUAGUCGGAAUGCGCGACUUCGCUACUCUACUUACCCGGGUGACAUCUCUGAGGCGGUUCCGUCCUUUCGGGGUAUCGUCUACCAGACCAGGUUCAGCGUUGCCGUACGCGGUAGUAUGGCCACUCGAUCGUGUGAGCGAAACACUGGAAAGCCUCGAUCUCAGCAGUAGCGACUGA